AUGAAGGAGAAGGCGGGUGCUACCUAUCAUGAAAGAUUUCUAAUUCUUCAUAAAUGUAUCAAAAAUGAUCAGUCAAAACAGAGUAGUCCGAAUUGUGUGGAAAAAAUUCCAACAACUCGUAAAUGUUACUACUGGUCUUGUAAAAGUCAAAAGUUUCUAACGCUUAAAAGAUCCAAUUUGGCCCUUUCGAAAGAAGAUGAAGAAGAUAAAGACGAUGAAAAUUUCAAUGAAGCCACUGUUAAUAGAAAGUGGAAAAGUCGCAAAGUUGAGAUUACUAGUAAUCCUGUCGUCCUGAAUGGAAACUGCCAAAUAACGAAACGGAAAUUAGCCGUUUAUUUAGUCGCAUAUUUUGUUUCUAUCUAUUAUUUCUUCCCAACAUAUCCAUUUGCAAAUGAAUCAAUGAAAUAA